AUUUAGGCUCCCUCCCACCUUCUUCAGCUUUUUUUGAAAACCAAGAUAGCGAGGUUGACUUUUUUUCAUAAGGAAAGGAUCAGUACUACGGUAGCUUUUCUAAUUUUUGGAAACGCUUCCUUCUCUAUCUCGUUGUAUAGUCUUUUCGUUUUGGUUUUUACCUUGCUCUUGUUUUAACUUUAACUCUUCUGUCUUGUCUUUUCAAGUCGAAAGUAAAGUAACUCCUUCUCUCCCUUAAAAAAAAAAAAGAAACAGAAGAAAAGUCAAAUCCUUUUUUCUCGUUUCUCUCCCUUCCUUUACCUUUUUCUUUCGUUGUUUUUCAUCAACUUUGUUAGGAAAAUUUUUUCUCAUCGUUGAUAUCGGUAUUCUUUCGUAUUCUAAUCGCCGAAAUAAAUAAAAAAGUUCAAAACAUAUAAUUUUCGGUUCUAUUCUGUUUGAACUUGGUUUUUUGUUUUCCCUCUGUUAUCUAUUUAGAUAUUUUCAUCUAUAGUUAUCUAUAUCGGAUUACUUGUUAUUCUUUUAAACAUGCAACUUCUCAACUCUUUCUUUGGUUUGGUUGCUUCUGCCACCCUUUUGGUUUCUAGUGGCUCUGCUGCUCCUUCUAAUACUCUUUACCGCAAGUCCUCCAAGGCCUCUCAUUCCAAUGAUGUUAACAAUGGUGUUGGUGUUAACCACACUUUCGGUGUCCUUGGAUUCCGUGAAAAGAGUGGUUACGACUACACCGUUUGGCACGUUUCCCCUACCUCUGGUAAGACUUACCUUCGCCCUUGGGACGAUGCCGUCGAUCCCGCCGUCUUUAUGAUUGACGAGGAGUCUUUCUUACGUCUUGCUUCUGACAGCAACAAAUACGCUUACAUUGGUGCCAACCGUGAUCUCCAAUUCACCAACCACACCGACUAUAAGAAGAAGCAACAUGAUGAUGGUAGUCACCGUGUUGACUUGACUCAACGCAAGCCCGCUAACAACUUUGCUGCCACCCAGCAAUGUGGUAAGUUGGAUCCCUUCGGUUAUGUCUUGAAGCGUUCCGGCAAGGGUUUUAUGCACUGUGGUACUCAAGUCUUCACUGGUGCCGGACGUAGCAUUGACUGUGAAGAUAUCGACUCUGUCGCUUUCAACCUCUCUGACUACCGUAGUCAAUACACUGGUCUUUCUAAUACAUCCAUUUCCAGCGAACAAUACUAUUCUAACCGUUCUGCUGACAUUCCUCCUAAGUCUGAGCGUCUUCAGCCCCAUGGUAUCUACAACUACAACUACAAAGCUCCUGACAAGCGCAUGCAGCGUUUCACUAUUCCUCAAGUUUCUAGUGCUAAUGGCCAAAACCAAUCCGUCUUGCAAACCUUUGACGUGCCUUAUGGCCGUUCCUUGUACUACUAUACUAAAUGCGCUUUGGACAUUCGCUUGACUAACGAGUUCUUCCCCUUGAACGUUUCUUCUUCUAACGGUCCUGCUGAGUUUGUUGUUUAUAACAUGUCUGGUAACCCCAAGAAGCAAACCACCUCUAACAAGGGACCCACACGUCUUUCUGAAGUUGCUCGCUUUCAAUGCUCCAACUAUGGCUGUGAAUACUCUACCAACAUUGCUUGCCCUCGCGCAGGUCAUUCUCACACCUACGAAAUUGCUGCUGCUAACCCUGACACUUCCAUGUCCUGGGUUCACACGAUCAGCCCUCGUCUCGGUAUGACAAUGUUUGUUUACUCCAAUGCCAACUAUGAUUAAGCUGCUUUUUUUGCAGAUGUUUAUAUGUAAAUACGCAUAUAUAAGAAUGUUGCAUGAUACAGUUUUGUGUUAUUAUGCUUAUCUAGUAUUGUUCCUUUUAUCCCUGUUGUCUAUAUUAAUCUUUUACGCUACUAUUCCUGGUUCCUGAAUUGGUUGUGUUGGGAACUAGUCGUUUUUAGUUUUGAAGUCGGGUUCACUUAAUGCUGUGUCAUCUAGCGUAUUGCUGAUUCGCAACAUGAACUAAUAUAUAAGAAUAAAAGUUUUUUAUUUUACAUGUAUCUUUGGGCAAUCAAGUUUAGCAGGUAUCUUGAUGUCUGCCAAGAAGCGAUCAAUUGGUAUUGUUUGUUUUUCUUGAAUCCUAAAAUCGUGUUUUGUCGAGGGUUCAUCGAUUUUUUAUUCAAUUCUAUCAACAUACAUCUGAACUAUAAUUAAAUACAAGGUAUAGAAGCUUCCAAUUACUACAAACACUUAUGAAAAUCAGGUUGAUUCUAUGUUUUGUAUCUAAAUAUUAGAUGUUAGUAUUCCUUGUUUAAUUUAAUAAUUAUUUCUUACUCAUACAGAUGGAGGUUUAGUUUGAUAGUAGCAUCAAUUAAUAGCGAA